UUUUUUUUUCUUUUCCUCUUCUUUAUAUACACAAUUUAUUUAUUUAUUUCUUCUUUUAUAGAAUGAUGCAAGUAAAAGAAAAAUGGGUUGGCCUUUAUGCUGGUCAUGUACCUCAUCUGGGCAACAGAACGACAAACUGGGUGGAAGGUGCACACGCAAAACUGAAGCAACUUGUGACCCACACAAAUGCUAGUAUGGAAACAGUAUUUGAGAGUAUUGAUAGAUGGUACUUCGGAAUGUGGGAAAAGAUUGAACAGCGUACCGAGAUCGAAUCCUUCAAAUACAAUCCUUCAUUCAUGCUAGAUAAAGAUGCUCAUAGGAUGAAUCACUUACGGCUCAAAAUCAGCAAGUUUGCAUUCAAUCGAUUGAAAAACGACGUCGUACCAGCCUCGUAUAGAGUGAACAAGAAGGAUGACUGUGAAUGUGAAAUCAAAAUCCAGUACAAGUUACCAUGCGCUCAUAUGAUUUCUGGUGACUCUUCUCCUAUACCGUUAACUGCCAUUCAUCCUCGUUGGAUCUUGAAAGAAGAUGACAUACCUAACAAUGAAUAUAUUUACGGCACGAAUGAUGAUGACAAGAAGGCUUGUGGUAAUGGUGAGGUCAAGGUGCCCGAAAUGAUUUAUGACAGCGAUGACUAUUCGGUGAUUGAUUUAGUGGACGAUAGCGAUGAUGACAAUACACCUGCAUCACUGACUGAAAAAAAUGUUAUUAUUAUUGAUUCUGAUAAUGAUAAUGACGAUAUCGAUUUGGUACCUACGACUGACAGUAAUCCAUCUUUUCAUAACAAUGCUCAUUUGACCAGCGGUGAUGACAACAACGAUAUUAACGUGAAUGAACCAGUAACAACCAGUCGUGACCAUCUCAUCGCGCGUGGAAGUGAAAUGCUUUAUCUGAUACAUUCCAGGCUUAACUCUGAUAUCACCAAUCAAGAACGACAGGACAUUCUCAACAUGUUGGAAGCUAUAUUGGAUAAGUCUCAUCAUGAAACAGCAUUGAAUCUGAAGCAACCGGUAAAGAAAGUUAGUACCAAAGGACGUCCAGCAUCUAGUAAGCGUGAUAGGGCGGCAUGGGAAGAUCAAAGUUCACAGCAAAGGAAGAAGAUGAAAAAUACAAGAAACAGUGAUCAUGAAACGGUAAGUGAUGUUAUGAAAGUGGAUAACCAGACGAAAGUAUGUGAUCAGCAGGUGCAAAGCUUUAUUAAGAAGUUGACGAUCAUCGGGCCUAAGGAACCAAGUUUGCCCUCUAAAAAAGAACCGCUGAACAAAACGACAUUCAAGAAUGAAACAGUGACAGAUGUGUACAAUCCCUUUGGUGACGGCAACUGUGGUUAUCGAUGUCUGGCCAAGGCUAUAUACGAUGAUGAAGAGGCAUACGGUGAAGUCAAAAAAGCCAUGAAAUCAACAUUGCAACGGGAUGUGAAAGUAUUUAGCAAUUUUAUCGGCAAUGAUGAAAUGAACGAUUUGAAGGCAUCUUUAGACUCACGUGGUAAUUGUUUAGAUGAUGAAUCGCUUUGGUUUCAUGCAAUGGAUGGAUCGCAGCUGGCCGCCAAUACAUUCAAACGACCAAUUGAACUUCAUUCGAGUGAUGCUUUACGCCAAUUGUAAUACAACUAGCACGACACCACUAUUAUCUUGUCAGUUUGCGAACACCACGGCGUGGAUUCCCUGAUAUUAGCUGCUAUUACAAGGCUAUCUGUAGACGUUACGACUUUGAUGAUAUUAGUGCAUCAUAUAUUAAAUAUCAAUAACAUGGUAACAAUAAACGUUAAUCACUUUCUUCUUUAUAGGUCUCUUAUCACACACUAUCGGUAUCAGUAGGAUUUGGAUGCAAUGGUACAGUAAUUUAUUUUAGAUAGCCCUUCUCUUUUUUUUUUUUUGGUGUUGAAGGAAUGGAAUUUUUGGGAUAUCUUAGUAACAUUUAUAUAUCAUAUUAAAAAUAAAUAUUUUGUUAUGCUUUCAUCUAUUGAAAUCUUUACUCUCUUUUUCUGUAUCAUGGUUUUUUUUGAAAUCCCGAGAAUUUUUUUUUGUAUUUCAACAGAA